AUGUAUCCAAGCAAUCCUCCUCCUCAGCCUCUCCCUAGUAGCGUUCGCAAACCCCACAGCGACUCCCAAAUCCUCCGGCUCAACAUAAUGCCUAUGAUCGCGGUCCCCAUAACAGAAGUGAAAACCGAGAUCGACAUCCUCCGGGAUAAGCGCGGUAAAGCGCUGAAUGCGAUGCAACACCCCCUCGAGAAUCCCCUCCACACCCGCAAAAUGCGGCCGAAACUCCUCACCCAACUGACCACGCUCAUACUCCAGCGCCAGCGUCUCGCGCGCGAGGUCAAGCUGGAUCGCUAG